AUGACGGGGUCCUCUGUGAGAAUGGGAUCUGAAGUAUACCACAAUCUUAGGAGCGUUAUCAAGGCGAAGUAUGGAUUGCAUGCCACAUUAGUCGGUGAUGAAGGUGGUUUUGUUUCAAAUAUUCUUGAUGGCAAAGAAUGUUUGCGUUUAAAUCAACAUUGGAAUGGACGUAUGAACUUUUACAAAGAAGUGGUUCAAGAAUUUUCAAACGUUUUUAUUGAAGAUCCAUUUGAUCAAGAUUAUUGGGAAGCAUGGACUAAUUUUACCGCAUACACUGACAACCAGAUAUAUUUAUCAUUACACUAG